UAGAGAUUCACAUAUACCAAACUUUAAUCCUUGACUUCGACGAAGAAACAAAGUUUUAAACCAUUCAAAUCUGACACCCUUAAUUAAUGCAAAUGAAUUGUGUUUAUAUACAUAUCACAAAAACUAGCCCGGAACACAUAUUCAUUGUUCAAUACUAUGAAAUUAGCCAAACUCUGGGUGGGUUUAAGAAGUUGUUUAGGUAGCGGCCCAUUGGGCUUUAUAAUAUCAAUAUGCCCAUUAGGGUUUCUGUAUACACUCAUUUAUAAACACAACAAGGAACCCUAAACUCCUUCCUGAUUCCACCGCACGGCCUCCCUCGAGACGAAAAUGGGUGCCUUCAGGUUUCACCAGUACCAGGUUGUCGGAAGAGCUCUCCCGACAGAGAAAGAUGUCCAACCCAAGAUUUACCGUAUGAAACUCUGGGCCACCAACGAGGUCCGUGCCAAGUCCAAGUUCUGGUACUUCUUGAGGAAGCUCAAGAAGGUCAAGAAGAGUAACGGUCAGAUGCUCGCCAUCAACGAGAUCUUUGAGAAGAACCCGACAACAAUCAAGAACUUUGGAAUCUGGUUAAGGUACCAGAGCAGAACUGGUUACCACAACAUGUACAAGGAGUUCCGUGACACCACCUUAAACGGUGCCGUUGAGCAGAUGUACACUGAGAUGGCGUCACGUCACCGUGUCAGGUUCCCUUGUAUUCAGAUCAUCAAGACAGCUACUGUCCCAGCGGCGUUGUGCAAGAGAGAGAGCACGAAGCAGUUUCACAAUAGCAAGAUCAAGUUCCCUUUGGUCUACAGGAAGGUUAGACCUCCCACCCGGAAGCUCAAGACCACUUACAAGGCCUCAAAGCCCAACUUGUUCAUGUAAUUGGGUCUCUCUGAUCGUGUGAUGAAGUUGUCCUAUCUGCUGCUUUCUUUUUCUGAGGAUAUUUUUGUUUAUUUUAGGCGUUUCCAUGGAUCUCUAAACUCGACCUUUUUUGGAUUUUGUGGUUUUUUAUUUCUUCUUGCUUAUGAAAAACACUUCUUGUUUCUCAAAUUAAAAUCUUUGAAUUUCCUUAUUUUAAAUUGUUUAUUAAACAUUUAACCAAUGGCUCACACUAUCAG